AUGGUACAAGAAGGGAUUGGGUUGGGGCAUAAAAUUUCAACAAGAGGUAUUGAGGUUGACCGUGCAAAAAUUGAGACUAUAGAAAAGCUACCACCCCCUUCUAUAGUGAAAGGAAUUCGGAGCUUCUUGGGACAUGAAUAUUUGGAGGCAUUUAAUUUAUUGAAGGAGAAGCUCACCACUACGCCAGUCAUUAUUGCACCUGAUUGGGAAUUACCAUUUGAGAUUAUGUGUGAUGCAAGUGACUAUAUUAUUGGAGCGGUCUUGGGUCAAAGGAAGAAUAAAUUACCACAUGUGAUUCACUAUGCGAGUUGUACGUUGAAUGAUACCCAAUUAAAUUAUGCCACUAUGGAAAAUGAAUUGUUAGCAAUGGUAUUCGCAUUGGAUAAAUUUCGUUCUUACUUAUUGGGUGCACAAGUAAUUCUGUAUACGGAUCAUGCGGCUUUGAAAUUUUUUCUUGCCAAGAAGGAAGUAAAACCGAGACUAAUUCGAUUGGUUUUAUUGCUUCAAGAGUUUGAUACUGAAAUUUGA